AGCGGUAAUUCUUAAAAGUUCGAGGCAUACUCGAUUGAUAGAAUACGAUAAUAACAAGUUAUUACAUAAAAAAUCUGAUUAUAAAAAGAACGAAAUUUUAAAAAACUGUCAAAAAUAAAAGUAUUUUGUUAAUUUUAUAAUUUAAUUCAUCGAGAAAAGCGCUUACUUCACUAAUAGAAAUUCGCGGUUGAAACUUUAAUCUAUUGCUGUUGGCACUUGACAUUGAUAUUAGAAUUAUAAUGGAAACGUCACUUCUUCGAGACUUGAUGUAUAAAUUUGUAAUACGAUGGAAUGAAAAUAUAUUUUAGACAAAAAAUACUACGAUGUCGACUUUCUAAUUAAUGGUUAUGUUUUUAUAUUGAUACAAUGUGUGGUAUAUUUUGUUGUAUUUCUCAACAUUCAAAAGAAAGUGUCAAACAUUUUGAUGAGUGGGAUGGAUGCAAAAACCUUAUAACUUCUAGAGGUCCAGAUAAGUUAGUUAAACACUUUACAACGUUAACUGAUACAUGGUGUGGACAUUUCGCAGCAAGUAUAUUGUGGAUGCAAGGUUUGAAGUUAGUAGAGCAACCGCUAAUUGAUUCAAAUGGUAAUAUUCUUCUGUGGAACGGAGAUGUUUUUUCUGGAUCUUUGGCAAAAGAUGAUACAUGUGAUAGUAUUACUAUUUUAAAUGCGUUCAGUACAUCUCCUAAUAUUACAAACAUACUUCAGUAUAUCCAAGGACCAUAUAGUUUCAUAUAUUUUCAAAAAUCUAGCAAAUUAUUAUAUUUUGGAAGAGAUAUUAUUGGAAGACACAGUUUACUUCUACAGUUAAAUAAUGAAAAAAACGUGUUAACUAUAACAUCUGUUGGUGCUAAAUGUUUUAAAAAUAUAAUGGAAGUUCCUGCAAUUGGUAUAUUUGCAAUAAAUUUAUCUGAUAUGAACAUAAAUCUUACUUGUUAUCCAUGGAAAGAACCAGAUUUUAUAUUUGGAAAUACCAUUGAAGAAUUGAGAAAUGCUUUAAAUGUAAAUAUUAAUAUCAAAGAGACAAUAGCAGAACAAAAUCUGUCUAACAAGAUAGUAAUGCAUUUACAUUCAACUAUUGAAGAUUUAGAUUAUUUAGUAAAUAAUCCUUAUGUAGAAGACUUUAAUAAAAUGAUAGAGCAUUUAUUGAAAAAUGAAAUUGUCUUUGGAAGAGUAGAAUAUUUAUCUAAACUUUUACAUAAAGCAGUUAAAGUUCGAAUAAAAAAAAAACCGAAUUUCUGCAAGAAUUGUAUCGUACUUGUAUUGAAAGGAGAAAAUAUUAUUUGCGAUCAUGCAAAAAUUGGUAUAUUAUUUUCUGGUGGACUUGAUUCAGCUAUUUUGACAUUAAUUGCUCAUAAAUAUGUACCACAAAAUGAACCUAUUGAUCUAAUAAAUGUUGCAUUUGAGAAAACUGUUAAUACAACUCAAAAAAAUAAACACAUUAAAAAUACAAAUUUACAUAUCUCAAAAAUAUAUGAUGUUCCAGAUAGAAAAACAGGGAGACAAACUUUCUCUGAAAUAUUACAAAUUUGUCCGGAUAGAAAAUGGAAUCUUGUUGAGGUAGAUGUAACACAAGCAGAAUUACAAAAAUAUCGAUCUUCUCGUAUCAAUGAUUUACUUUAUCCCCUCUGUACUAUCUUAGAUGAAAGUUUAGGUUGUGCUAUGUGGUUUGCAAGUCGAGCAAAAGGUAUAAUUACAAAAACGGAUAUAGAGUAUGAGUCUCCAUGUCGUGUACUCCUCCUAGGUAUAGGUGCAGAUGAAUUAUUUGGUGGAUACAUGAGACAUAGAAAAAUAUUGAAACAUAAAGGCUGGAAUGCUUUAAAACAAGAGUUGGAUAUUGAAUUAGCCAAAAUUUCUCAAAGAAAUUUAGGAAGAGAUGAUAGAAUAGUUUCUGAUCAUGGUAGGCAAUCCAGAUUACCAUAUCUUGAUGAAAAUGUAGUACAAUAUGUUCAACAAUUGCAACCAUGGGAAAGAUGUUAUCCAACAGAAAAAAUGCCAUCUGGUUUAGGAGACAAAUUACUCUUACGUUUAUUAGCACGUAACCUAGGUCUUCAAAAUACUGCUACUUUUCCUAAAAGAGCUUUUCAAUUUGGAUCUCGAAUAGCUAAUAGUAAAGAAAAUGCUAAAGAUAUUUCUAAACGAUUGUAAAAUGGACAUAAGAUAAUUAAGUUAAAACGAAUAUAUUUUUAUAACAUCAUGAAAUAAAUUAGAUAAAUAAAUAUAAAGCUAUUAUAAA